AUGGCCGCUCCGGCUGGCUUCCCUGUCCCCCUCGCGGCGCCGGGGAUGCAUGCUGCCGUGGCGGCGCAGAUGGCGAGUUCGUUCGCGGCCAACCCGUUCAUGAGCCAACCGGUGAUGGCUGCUGGGAUGGCGCACCAGCCGGUACAGAUGGUCGUCCCAGCCUACCCGCAGCAGCAGCAGCAUCACCCCCACCAGCAGCAGCAUCAGGUGUCGAUGGCGAUGCCCGCCCAGGUUCCGCCGCACUGGCAGCAGCAGCAGCACCCGCACGCCCAGGCCGUGGCGCAUCCUCAGGCCAUAUCGAUGCCAAUGCCGAUGGCGAUGCCACAGGCUCAGCCACUGCCGCCGCAGGCCAUGCUGCAGUUUGGGCGAGCGAUGCACCCUCAAGGCGUCGCCCAGCCUGUGCAGCCGGUGCAGCCGCCGCAGCCGCAGCUGCAGCCGGUGCCCCGCCCCGCCGCCCCGCCGCCGGCGCUGCAGCCGGUGGCGCCGGAGCCGUCCGCGCCGGAUACCCUCCCGGACGUGAGCUUGUCCAUCGUCCCUCCGGAUCAGCUCGCCGAGACCUCGGCGAGGCGCAAGCCGCGGCAGUGCGGCUCGUACGGCUGCACGCUGCCCGACCAGCAUUCCGGGCUCUGCCAGAUCCCGCUCGAGGCGGGCCCGCGCGUGCGCCGGCCGGCGAAGCGGCUGAGCGACGACGAGGCGAGCUGCUCCUCGCCGCGGGGCGGAGGCGCGCAGCGCGCCGACGCGGCGGCUGGUGCAGGCGGUGCGCCAGAGACGGACGCGGCGGCGGGGCGGCGGCGGUGCGCGAUGAGCGACCAGGAGUUGCUCUCCCUGCCCGACGCGAAGGGGUACUCUGAGGAGGCGGACGGGGAGGAGGCGGAGGAGGAGGCGGAGGACGGCGUCGCGCACGUCGAGUGGGCCGCCCGCUCGCUCACCAAGCAAGAGCUCUCCUCGCUCGCGCGCUGCUUGGUCCUCGAGGCACGCCGCAGGCAUGCGCCGCGGAACGGUGCAAACGGCGGCGCGAACGGCGCGCACGGCGCGAACGGCGCGAACGGGCGCGCACGCCGGCCGGGCGAGCGGAGCGAGUCGCCCUCCUCCGCCUCCGAGGCGGAGCCGUCCCGCCUUCCGCACUGGUCGCAGCAGCCCGCGGGCCAGCGCGGCGCGCGCUCGGGCGAGGGGCGCAGUGCGAAGCGGGGGGGGGCGGAGCUUGCGAGGCCACGCAGGCCGCAGCUCAAGGCGGCGCAGGCAAAGGUCAACUCGCGCGUGGUCGUCGUGUACGAGGAGGAGGACGAGGCGGCCGGCGGCGGCGCGAUGGUGCAGGUGCCGUACGCGGGCGUCGUCACCAAGGUAGCCGCCGCCAAGGGGAUGCUCGUGCUCUUCGAGGGCGGGGAGUCGGUCUGGGUCGACGAGCGCGCGGGCGACGAGUGGUGGUACGAGACCCCGCCCAAGCCGCCCGCGAGCCAGGCCGCCGCCGCGAGCGACGAGGCGGCCUCGUCGACGUCGCGGCCCGUGUCGGCGGUGCCUGGCGGCGAGGAGAGCGCCACGCGGCGCCAAAAGGCGAUGUACCAGAACGCCACGGCGGCCGCGGGCGGGCAGCGCGCGCCGGAGAUGCUGCCCGAGGAGGCCGUCAACAAGAUCAAGUCGGACCAGGUCGAGGCCCUCCUCUCCAGGCUCGAGGCGCAGGCCAAGUAG